GUCGGGGCUGGUGUUGGAUUUCACAGCCAGAGGACGCAACUGCAAUGGUUUCCUCCGCUGCCUCUGAGCAAAGCUGUGCCAAACUUGUCCCUGCGCCCUGAGACGCGGCUCUUCACCUCCGCGUUAGACCAAGAGGAGGAGGAGGAGGGGGAGGAGGAAGAGAGCAGGCUAAUUUCACUCGGCAGCUCGCGAGAGGAGAGGUUUUGAAGAGACGACGGGAAACUUUGAGGAGAAAUAACAGAGAAAUACAGCUGCAACUUCCAGCAGCAGCAACGAAGAAGAAGAAGGAGAAGAAGACGCAGCAGGAGCAGGAGGAGGAGGAGGAGGAGGAGAAGAAGGAGAAGAAGUUUCCAGCAGCAGGAGCAGGAGCAGGAACAGUCCGAGCAGGGGACCGGGGAGGAGGAGUCAACAGGUCCCAGAGCUUAGGAGCUGCAAUCGAUUCAAGGGGAGAUUUCCUUGGACAAGGACAGGGAGAUUGACGUUUUUGGGAAGAGGGGCUCGACCGAGCAAUCGAUGCGGGCGGUCCACCAGCUGAAAGCCCAGUUGGCCAAACAGCACACCACUCAAUCAGUCUGAACAGCAACACACAGGGCUGCUGGUGACCAACGAGGAAGAGGCUGUGCAACUGCUAAGAGGAAGCCCGUCCAAAGAGAAGAGAGCUUUGUUUUGGCAUCAUGUGAUCUGCGCAUUCCCGAGCACUCUGCAGUGGAAGAGUAAACCUACAAUCCCGUGGAAGCAUCCCAACCACUAGCGCCCUUAUCACCACUAUCACCCCACCUCACUGCAGUCAAAGUCACCUGUUCUUGACUGAACUUGCCUCCUGUCUCUUUCUGCUCCUUCAUCUUGAAGAUAAGGAAUGGCCGUGUUACUUUCCAGCCGCCCCAACGCCUCUCGCAAAUAAGGCCUUUCAGUUUGUUUCACAAUACCAGAGAAAGGAAGGAUACAACUCUCUACAGUCCCCUUUUAUACCUCUACCCCGGGUCUCUUUUUAUCUUUGUGUCCUGAGUAACUCAAGCCUGAACACACACAGUCACUAAACCGGCAGGAUUUUUGACAACUUCAACAGCCAUUUUAAGGACCACUUUCCAAACCAUAAGGGGAUUUUUACAAACUUCAUCUGACAAGUCUUUUGGAAUAUCUACUCAUGCCGCCUCCCUAUGGGGGAUUAAAUCUGUCCAGGAAUCCACACUGACUCCUCUUUGGUGCUAUUAGCUCUUGUUAAGGUGGUUUUUCAGUGAAGUCUGUUUGUGACUGGGGGUGGACUGAGCCAUCAUGGCUGGGAAGGGCAACCCGCUGCCGGGCCCCCACCUCAACGGCUUCCCUAUGCCCACCUACUCCUACUUCUUCCCCCAUAUGUUGGGGAGCCUAUCGCCUCCAGCCCUGCCAGGACUGUCCCUCAGUGGGUACAGCACCCCUUCGCCAGCCACGAUAGAGACCCAGAGUACCAGCUCAGAAGAGAUAGUGCCAAGCCCGCCCUCGCCUCCCCCGCCGCCCCGCGUCUACAAACCCUGCUUCGUGUGCCAGGACAAGUCCUCAGGGUACCACUAUGGUGUCAGCGCCUGCGAGGGCUGCAAGGGCUUCUUUCGGAGAAGCAUCCAGAAGAACAUGGUGUACACUUGUCACCGGGAGAAGAACUGCAUCAUCAACAAAGUCACUCGCAACCGCUGCCAGUACUGCCGGCUGCAGAAGUGCCUGGAAGUCGGGAUGUCCAAGGAGUGUGAGUCUGUGAGGAACGAUCGGAACAAAAAGAAAAAGGACGAGAAGAAGCAGGAGUGCACGGAGAGCUACGUGCUGAGUCCCGACACGGAGCAGAUGAUCGACAGAGUUCGCAAGGCACACAAGGAAACGUUCCCCUCUCUCUGCCAGCUGGGCAAAUACACUACGAGUAACAGCUCAGAACGACGCGUGUCCUUGGACGUUAACCUGUGGGACAAGUUCAGCGAACUCUCCACCAAGUGCAUCAUAAAGACAGUGGAGUUUGCUAAGCAGCUGCCCGGCUUCACAACGCUUACCAUCGCUGACCAGAUCACUCUGCUCAAAGCCGCCUGUCUGGACAUCCUGAUACUGCGGAUCUGUACACGCUACACACCAGAGCAAGACACCAUGACUUUCUCAGAUGGACUCACGCUCAACCGAACCCAGAUGCACAACGCCGGUUUUGGUCCCCUCACCGACCUGGUUUUCGCCUUCGCCAACCAGCUCCUUCCUCUGGAGAUGGACGAUGCGGAGACGGGGCUGCUCAGCGCCAUCUGUUUGCUGUGUGGAGAUCGUCAGGACUUGGAAGAGCCAGAGAAGGUGGACGUCCUGCAGGAGCCCCUGCUGGAGAUGCUCAAAAUUUAUGUAAGGAAGAGGAGGCCCCACAAACCGCACAUGUUCCCCAAGAUGCUGAUGAAGAUCACUGAUCUGAGAAGCAUCAGUGCUAAAGGCGCUGAGCGUGUCAUCACAUUGAAGAUGGAGAUCCCCGGCCACAUGCCCCCUCUCAUCCAGGAGAUGCUGGAGAACUCAGAAGGUCUGGAAAGUGUUGCCGCGAGCAGCCGGCCAAGCGGUGCCCCCCCGGGAAGCUGCAGCCCCAGUCUGUCCCCUAGCUCUGCCCAAAGCAGUCCAGCCACACAAUCGCCAUAGUAACGGCCCACCUUUAAAAAAACAAACAUGUCCUCACAAUGCUCUGUCUCCUCCCUCGGUGUUCUGAGGAGGAGGAGGAGCGAGGGAGGGGGGCCUGGACUCUGACUGCUGAGCACAGGAGACUGGCAGAGCCAUCCUCCUCCUCUCCUAGGACACAAACCCCCUUCACCUCCUGACCUGCUUUCCCUCACUCUGGAGCACCGUCUUGACUCGAGAGGAGGUAAGGCCGGGCCAGGGCAGGCCGGGGCGUCAGGAUGCCUCCUGAGAGACCACACCGUCAACACUGCUGAUGACUCCUCCAUCUCCCUCCACUCUCCUCUCCAUCGCUGCUCCUCCCCUCUCCACCUCUCUCCAAAAGACUGAUGAAAUGGAAUCUGGAUGCAGUGGAGACCAGUGUUGAAUGGAACUGAGACUGGGUGGGACAUCAUGGGACAAAUACAUGGACAAGGACAAUGCAUACAGACUGAUUUGAUGAACACCAGACACUUUUUGUUGUUGUUGUAUUCUGAGGCAGACUGCAAGCUCGGGACUUGUCAAAAGACCUCCCCCAACCCCCCUCCUCCUCCUCCUCAAAGACUUUGGGUCUUCUUUUUUUCUCUUUUUCCAACUUAAAAAAAAAAAACAGAUUUCAUACAAAAUAUAUAUAAAUAUAUAUAGAAAAGAUAAGGAACUAUUGUGUUUGACAUGUCCAGAAGAGAAUGAAUGGCAGAUUGAAAUGAGGACAUGUCUCUUGAGAUUAGAAACUGUUGUACUGCUUCACUGUUUGAAUCUUUUCAUACGCUUCAUGAGUAUUGAGAGAGAUGUUUCCGUUUUAUCACAUUUGUAAAACAAUUCUAAUUAACAAAAGGCAAAAAGAUGAUAAAAUGUGUCUCCAGUCUACACAUACAGUACAAACACACACACACACACACACAAACAUACACAAACGUGCACAGAAAACAAGUCUCAAUGAAUAUCACCUACUAUUCCAGGUUGGAUUUGUUUUCCUUUUUUGUUUUUCUUUUUUUUUUGCUUCCAAGAGAAUGGAUAAAAAUGAUUGUAUGAACUCGGUUGUAUGAUAUGGUCACAGGUCCUUUCAAGAAAUCAAAUUAAUGAAGAUUCAUUAUUAAGGUGUAUUUUAAGUAGCCUUUGAGUUUGUGUAUAUAAGCUGUAUUCAUUUCUUUAAAACUAUGAAGAGUUUUAGGCUUCACCUGAUUUUUUUUUUUUUUUUUUUAAGAAAACCUUUGUGUUUUUUUUGUUUAUAGGUUUGUGAUUCAAGAAAAGACAUUUUGAGCACAUUUUACUGAAGGAAGUUCUUUCGUGUUUCGUGUCCUACUAAAUACUGGACAGACCCUUAACCAAUCACUGGCUGUUCAGAAUGUGGCUUUCACAAACAAUUUCAACCUUUGCCCCCUUCCCCCUCACUUUUAAAUCAUGUUUUUACGUACAGUAGAUAACAGAGUAGCACUCCACUCGGGGCAAAGCUUUUUUUUGUUGUUUUUCCGGCCAUGUAGCAGAAAGAGAUGGUGUUUCAUGAAAAUGGUGGCCACAUGCAGCCAGCCAGAUUCACGUGAGCUACAGCAGCCCAGCUUCAAACGAGAGUUAAAUGUGAAGAAUGGUGUACAUACACACUGUAUUAAACACAAGUGAUUCUCCGUUAGUCUCUGAUUGGAUCGAUAUUCUGUAGUGGUUGGGAAAAGACUAGAUAGUAGUGGUCCCUCUACACUGUCAGUGGUCAGGCAAGUGAAGGUCCCAAAUGUGAUGUUUGUCAACCAAGUCCUCACAAAUCUCCCUGUGGUAGAAACCAAUAUGUGACUUUUUUGCCGGAUCCAGAGCAACCUCGCACCCUGUGACUCACUUUUUACGCCAAAACGCCUUCACCGUUAACACACGUCAUCGAGACCAUCAUUACUGUACACACGCCAAUGUCUCAGGAAGGAAUCAUUUUUUGUGCUUGGCCUGUUCUUUGUAUAUGUUCUGUGCUGCACCCCGUAACCCUUCAAUCACAGACGCACACACACACACACACACACACACACACACACACACACACACACACACUUCUGCUACUGAGCCCCUGGAUUUUACUUCAAUCACUCACUUUCGUUAGGCCUGGCAGAGCAGGACUUGCGCAGAGAGACUCUGACCAUGCAAUGUUACGACAUAGGAUGCCAGUGUGGAGUCUCUCCUCAUGUGUUACUUUAAUUUGUACGGUCAAAGCUGCUUUCAUCAUUUAGGACUUAACAUGUCCAGAACGGCGCACAACGUUUUCCCUCCACAGCUAAUCUGGAAUAGCAACAGACACACCGUCAGUUUGAGAAGUAUGGAAUAUGUUGCAAUUUUGUCAAGAUUAUCAAGCGACUUUGGAAAAAAAAAACCAACAAAAAAAAGAUAAAAAAAAUAAAUAAAAUGAACAUUUAAUAAUUAUGAAA